AAAAAGUCCUACUGGACAUAACAUAAUGUAUAUCUAUAUAGAUAUCGCGGUUCUGUGAGGGUGAGGAACAAGUCUCACUGUCUGCAGUAUCAGCUGAUUCAUGCAAAUAGCAACGAUGGAGGUUAUUUCAAAAUGAAAAUUUUAGUGUCUUUAUCGUUUAAACCAUUUGAUUGAACAUGAAAACACAUAACAACCGUGUAGAUAUAAAAGUUGUGAUAGUAGGGAAUAUGAGUGUUGGGAAAACUUCGUUAAUUCAAAGAUUUAUACAUGAAAAUUUUAAGGAGAACAUGAACGAAACAAUAGGUGCAGCAUUUUCUGCUAAAGAAUUGACAUCUAUGAGUGGCAGUAAAAGAAUUGUUGGCAUUUGGGAUACUGCAGGUACAGAAAGGUAUCGUUCGAUGGUGAAAAUGUUCUACCGUGAUGCUAAAGCUGCUAUUGUAUGUUUCGAUAUCACAAAUAAAAGUUCGUGGGAAGGCCUGAGAAGUUGGAUCUCUGAACUGAGAGAAGUAGAAGAGAACUGCAAAGUUUAUAUAUGUGGAACAAAGAAAGACCUCGUUGAUGAAGGUAUUUCAGAGCGAGAAGUUCCACUUGAGAAAUGUAAUGAGUAUGCUAGAGGUAUACAGGUAAAACUGCUCGAAACGUCAAGUAAAACAGGAGAAAAUGUUGAUGAGCUUUUUCAGUCAAUCGUUGAUGAAUGUGUACUGGAUGAAUCUAUUAUUGCAAAAAGCAGUUUGCAACUUGCUGAAAACGAUAAACGAAGAAUGUGUUGUUGAUAUUGUUAUUAUCAUUUAGGAGGUAUGUAAUGUCACUAAAGUGUCUUGCAAAUCCUAGAAUAGUGUGUAAAAAUGUAAGUAAUUGUAGAUAUCCAUAUUAUGUUUUACGUUUGUAAAUAAAAUCAUACUUCAUAGUGAAAAAAUACAAAUCUAAAUAAUGUAUAUUAAUUAUAUAAAAGUAUUAUUGUGAUAUAAAUAAUUAUUAUUUUUAAAAGUCGUCACUAGCCAUUAACAUUGCCUAAAAAAUUAAUAUUAUUGAUAGUUUUAUUUUAAUGUAUCUUUCUGUGAAGUAUUUUACCAUUAUAAAACUUUGAAUCUUUUCUAUAAGCUAGCAUGUUAUUUCAAUAUUAGUUGAGGUAUAGCAUCGAAAUGGCCAGAUGAUGUAUCUGACAUCUCCAUUUUAAAAUUCAUAUGGAACAACAAAUAGUAAUGGGAAAAAUUGUAGCAGGAAUGUUUUUUAAUUAUGUUUGUUAGGAUAUCAAAUCUGAG